AUGGCACCCACAGAUUAUAAAAGUUAUGAACAUUACUUGGUAGCAAGACAGGCAGUAGCAGAUGAAGCCGUCCAUCGACUCACGCCCACAGAAGAUCAGAAAAUCAUACUCAUCAUUAUCGGUGUCUAUACAGCAGCCAUUUUAAUACUAUGGAAUAUGCCCAUAGCGAAAAUUGUGCUAUCACCCUUCAAACUACUGACUGUAGGAUUACAUGAAUUCUCGCAUGCAUUUAUGGGCUGUUUGACUUGUGCAAAAAUAGAUUCUAUAGAAAUUGAUCCUGAUGAAGGCGGUGUGACUCGAAUGCGAGGCGGACUACCGAUGUGCACACUACCGGCUGGUUAUUUAGGUUCUUCUCUCAUUGGUGCCAUACUCGUCAUGUGUGGCUUCAACAUCUUGGCAUCCAAAAUCGCCAGUAUCUUUUUAGGCGUCUGUCUCUUGUUGACAUUAUGGUGGGCUAAAAACUGGCUCACACGCGGCAUUGGUCUCCUCUUUAUCGGUGUCAUGGUCUUUCUUUGGUGGCUCGCUCACGGUGCUGGCUUGAAAUAUUUUGUGCUCUUUGUGGGCGUCAUGUCAUGCCUUUAUUGUCUCUGGGAUAUUCUGGACGAUCUUGUGUUUCGUAAAGUGCAUGAAUCGGAUGCAGCCAAAUUCGCUCAAGUCUGUGGAGGCUCCUGCAUGUCCAGUCGGGUAUGGGGAGCUUUUUGGUUCGUCAUCAGUUUGGUCUUUUUUGUGGCAGGCAUCUUGAUAGGCUUGGCUGCUUUCAAACAAGAUCAACAGACCCAACAACAACAAGCACAGGGUUUUGGUUGGUAA